AUGGGAGAUUCGAAGAGAAGGAGAUGUGAGACGAGAGAGAAUGAAGAAAAGGCACGGGCCGUACCUGAUAAACGCUUUUGGUGUAGUGAUGGAGAAAUCCCACGUGAAAUCGGCCAGCUCUCUCAGCUUCGAGAUCUUGAUCUGAGUGAUAAUAUGCUGCAAGGAGGAAUACCCAACAAUCUGUCCAACUGCUCGGAGCUCAGAUCCAUCCUUUUAGAUCAAAACGAACUCGUGGGGAGAAUUCCAGUUGAGCUUAGCUCACUGUCAAUGCUCGUGUCAUUGAAGCUUGGCCGUAACAAUCUCAUGGCAACAUCCCACCACCACUCGGGAACCUCUCAUCUCUUGUUUCUCUAUCUACAUUAUAACAGUUUCGAAGGAAGCAUCCCUGAUGAGCUAGGACAGCUAGUGAAAUUACAAAAUCUUGAGAAAUAUUCAAAUAAACUGUCUGGUCUGAUCCCACCAUCGCUUUACAACCUCUCAUCCAUCAUUUAUUUCUCUGUGGCAAUUAACCGACUUCACGGAAACCUUCCAGCCAAUCUAGGUCUCACCCUUCCUAAUCUCAAAUAUCUUUACCUUUCAGAAAAUGCAUUUACUGGACUGAUACCAGUUUCAUUACCCAAUGCUUCAAGACUUGCUGUUAUUAGUUUUGCUAAUAAUAAUUUUAGCGGACCCAUGCCUGGAAAUUUCGGAAGAUUGCAGGAUCUCAAUAUCCUAUUUGGAGUUGGAGGAGGAGAUAAUGACUUGAGUUUCCUCACUUCUUUGACCAAUUGCAGUCAUUUGGAAGUCGUACAUCUCCGUUCCAAUCGACUGAGAGGAGAACUUCCUGCCACCAUUGUCAAUCUCUCUACCCACCUAACAGUACUAGAGUUAGGAAAAAAUCCGAUAUCUGGAAGCAUCCCAACAGAUAUUAGUAAUCUCUUCAACUUAAAUAGGUUUGGUGUAUAUAGGAGCUUUGUGAUGGGUAUUAUUCCUAUUGGUGUUGAGAAGCUUCAAAUUUUGCAGGGAUUGUAUUUGUACAGCAACAAACUUUCAGGACAAAUCCCAUCCUCCAUUGGCAACAUCACUCGGUUGGUUAAACUCUAUUUAGAUGGAAAUUGUUUGCAAGGAAGCAUCCCCUCGAGUCUGGGAAACUGUCGUCAUCUUGAAACAUUGGUUCUUAGUAGAAACAAGCUGAAUGGUACCAUACCCAAAGAAAUUAUAAGUAUUCAUUACCUGGUCACACUUCAUAUAGACUGGAAUUCUUUGGUUGGAUCUCUACCACCGGUUGUUGAAGCUCUGCAGAAAUUUCCAUUUCUGGAGCACUUGGACUUGUCAUCCAAUGAUCUUAAAGGCCAAAUCCCAACUCAAGGGGUUUUCAAAAAUUUGAGCAAAUUUUCGAUCCUUGGAAACAAGAAGCUUUGUGGAGAAAGGCCAGCAAGAGGCUUUUGCCUCUUGGAGGGCCAAUUUUUAGAUGUUUCUUAUGCAGAUCUCUUUAAAGCGACUGGUGGGUUCUCUUUGGAUAAUUUGAUUGGUGUGGGAAGUUAUGGUUCUGUAUACAAAGGACUUCUAGAUCAGGAUCAAACAUGUGUUGCAGUGAAAGUUUUCAAUCUUCAAGAACAUGGUGCUUCUAGGAGUUUCAUGGUCGAAUGUGAAGCCUUGAAAAAUAUCCGGCAUCGGAAUCUAGUUAAAAUCAUAUCUGCUUGCUCAAGCAUUGAUUUUAAAGGCAAUGAUUUCAAAGCUCUAGUAUUUGAGUACAUGCCUAAUGGGAGUCUAGAGAAGUGGUUGCAUCCAAGUGUACAUUGGAACCAAGAGUUGUGGAGCUGGAACCUUAUUCAAAGGCUGGAUAUAGCCAUUGAUGUCGCAUCUGCAUUGGAGUAUCUUCAUCACCAUUGCCAGAUAUCGGUCAUUCAUCGUGAUCUAAAACCAAGCAAUGUUCUACUGGAUGAUGAAAUGCGCCCCCAUGUGGGCAAUUUUGGAUUAGCAAGGUUCCUUUCUAAUGCUGCCACUAAUACCUCUCAAGAUCAAACCACUUUUACUACCCAAGCCUAUCCAUUCAAUCCAUGA